AUGUCGCAUCAACAAGGUGACAGUAACUAUACCAUGGGGUACUCCCAGGCCACCACAACCAGCCACGCAUCGCGGACUGCCGAGGAGGACGCGGGUUUCUUGCUUCCGCAUCUCAAGCCUACAGACAAAAUCUUGGAUGUUGGAUGUGGCCCGGGCACUAUCACUAUUGGCUUCGCGGCAAUCGCACAUGAUGGUGAGGUCGUCGGUAUCGACAUCUCUGAAGAGGUCCUGGGUCAGGCACGGCAGGUCGCGGCGAAAGCCGGGUCGCCCUCAAACCUAUCUUUUCGACACGGCGAUGUCCUCAAGGGUCUCGAAUGGAUCCCCGACGGCACGUUUGACGCCGUCUACGCCUCUCAGGUUUUUCCGCAUUUGCCUACCGCCGAAAUGAGGGAGCAAGCACUGAGCGAAAUGCGUCGUGUGCUUAAGAAGGACGGCAUACUGGCCACACGCACAUUGGCAGAUAUGCAGUGGUAUCCAAGGGAAUUGGACCUCAACGAGCUUGUUGGCGCGCGCAUGAACAAGGCAUUUGCCACCAGCGAUUAUGUCGGACCAUGGAUGCCAGCGCUGUACAGAAAAGUUGGCUUUGAAAAGAUCAAGGUUGGGGCAGGAACCCGUGUGCACGCCACUGAAGAGGAAAGAAGAUGGCUGGUAGGUACAUUUGGCGGUCGUCUGGCACCUGGCGAGACGGUCCGGAAGAGCUGGAUUGAAGCUGGAAUCAGUGAGGAGGAGGUUGACAACACAAGACGUGUGCUGGAAACAUGGGAAAAUACUGAGGAUGCAUGGUACAUUGGAAUCCAGGCGGAUAUCCUGGGAUGGAAAUGA